AUGGGAUCGAUAACAAUUGAUGCGAAUGGUUUGUUCGGCGUGAAAGGGUUGGUUGUUGUCGUAACAGGAGGCGCUACAGGUAUCGGUCUCAUGAUCGCACAAGCACUUGAAGCCAAUGGUGCCCUGGUCUACAUCAUUGGUCGCCGUCAAGAAGCAUUGGAUAAUGGUGUCAAAUCUGCUAGAUAUGGAAAUAUCUAUUCAAUUCAAGGCGACGUCACUGACAAGAGCGAUCUUGAGCGCGCUGUUGCGGAGCUGGAAUUGAAGCACGGUUAUGUUGAUGUUGUAAUCGCCAAUUCUGGUAUUGUUGGGCCAACUCUUGAUGGACUCGCCGAGAAUGCCACUAUUUCUCAGUUUCGAAACCAUCUAUGGAAUUGGAGUUCUGGCUCUUUCAACGAGACCUUCGCUGUCAAUACUACCGGCGUUUUCAUGACCAUCGUCGCCUUCCUUGAGCUUCUGGAUAAAGGCAAUAAGCGAAGUGAUCGCAAACAGAGAAGUCAGGUCAUCGCGACCAGCAGUAUUGGCGCAUACACCCGUCUGCCUGUGCUGGGAUAUGCGUACGAAGCCUCGAAAGCUGCAGUUGUGCACAUUAUGAAGCAGCUCACAUCCAGUUUGGUGCCUUACAGUAUCCGCGCCAAUGUUCUUUUACCUGGCUGGUAUCCAAGUGAGAUGACGCAGGAUGUUCUGGCACGGCAAAAGGACGCUGGGUGGCAGAAGGACUUCGUGCCGGAAGAGAGGCCAGGAGACGAGGAAGAUAUAGCCGGCGCGAUUCUAUUCCUCGUCAGCAAAGCCGGCGCAUACAUCAAUGGCAAUAUGCUAGUCACUGAUGGAGGUAGACUUGGGAUAAUUCCCUCAUCUUUCUGA